GAAAGAGUUGGUAAGAUGGUACCAUUAGUCUUUCGUUAACUCUCUUGAAGGUUACCAAUAACCUCCCUCUUGGUUAAACUUGAAACAAACUUAAUUUCUCUUAAAAUAAAAUUUUAAAUUUAAAUCUUAUAAACGAAAAAAUAAAAACUGAGAGAACUCUCUUAUGAGAUCUAACGUAAUUUAAUUUUAAAUUAAUUAAAAUUUAAUACUGAAAAAUUAAUAUUUAAAAAAAAUUAAUACUUAAAAAAGAAAAAAAAAAAAACAACCCUUUCCUUAAGACUACACCCAUAAACAAUUCAACAGCUCCCUCGGUAAAGUCAACAUUAGCAGCCAAUAAGGUGACUUAAGCGCUAAGAUAAGAGAAAUGAUUGGAGAAUAAUUUUUUUAUAUUAUUUACAUAAAAAUUAUAUAAAAAAUUAUUUAUAUAUCACCGACUCUAAGAUAAAUUGCGAAAGAAUUGGUAUGUGGGGCUGUUUCCCAGUAGCUUCAUGGUAAUUCUAGUCUCUUGUUAACUUUCCUUAAUCCUACACGUAUACAUAAUCCAACAACUCCAUUGGCAAAAGUCCACAUUACGCGUUGAGCAUUCAUUGCCAAAUGGUCAAAAGGUGGAAAACGCGUACUUGGAAUAAAAAUAAAGGAAGCUUACCUGUUCCCUUCGAAAACGCGCAGUUGAAAUUGAAGGCUAUCCUUGCUUAAUUGUCAAAAAGGUGGAAAAGGUUAGAAAGAUAAACUGAAAAGUUUCAA